AUGGGCACGAACGCCUCCCUGGUGGCCAAGUUCAUCCCCGUGGGCUUCUCCCACCUGGCCCACCUGCAGGGCUGGCUCUUCUUCCUCUUCCUGGGCGUAUACCUGCUCACCGUGGCCAAUGACCUAUUCAUAGUAGUCGUGGUGUCGGCCGACACCACUGCAGCCCCCAUGUACUGCUUCCUGCGCGUGCUGUCAGCCCUGGAGAUUAGCACCACAUCGGUCACCCUGCCCCUGCUGCCCCACCGCCUCCUCACAGGCCAGCGCCACGUGCCCCACAUGGGCUGCACUCUCCACAUGUUCUUCUUCCUCUUCCUCAGGGCCACGGAGUGCUGUCUCCUGGUGGCCACAGCCUAUGACUGCUACGCAGCCAUCUGCAAACCCCUUGGCUACCCACUCCUGCUGAGCCACAGGGUGUGCCUCCAGCUGACAGGGGCCGCGUGGGCCUGUGGAGCGAUGCUGGGCCUGAGCCACACCUCCUUCAUCUUCUCCCUGCCCUUCUGCAGCCCCGACGCCAGCCUACACUUCCGGGUUCUUCUUGCCCUGUUUGCCAGAGACUGCACCAACAAACUGGCCACGGAACAGAUGGCAGACUCCCUGGUAACCUAA